UCAGAGCCACUAUCAAAAAUCGGUCAAACGAGCACUUUCUGGUAGCAGCGAGAGGAUGCUACAUCAAGAAGGGGUUAAAAAAUUGAACGGGAGCAGGCGUAGCGGUCGUCAACUUGCUAGCUUGGGUGGAGUGAAAUUUUGACAUGGAGAGCCACAAAUUAGCCGAGCUGACGACUCCGGGGGUGGCUGCGUGAGAAAACACCCGCGAAAGAAGCAGCGUCCAUAGUGUAGUGUGGUGUCGUAAAUUCGACGUAAUAAGCAAACAUGAGUGAUGUGAGCGAGGCGUCGUUGCUGGAUUACUUCUACUCUACUUCAGGCAGCUCAGGCAAAGUCAGAAAUGCAGACAUACUGAAGACAUUUAAGCCUUUUAUUGGCCACAGUGACGCGCAGUUGCGUGCUAAAUACAGAGAAGAAUUCAAACUCAUUAUUGACGGAAUUGCUGUGGUCAAAUCAGAAAAUGGUGAGAAGUAUCUUUUCCUCAAGAAGAAAUACAGACAGUUGCUGCAAGCGAGAGACAAAGACAAACCUCACAUAUCCGAUGUGGACGGGCAAAGACACUCAAGUCCCACCACAGUGCCCGCGACUGCACUAUGGGAGGCAACGGACACCUCCGAUUGUCGCUCCCAGCAAAGGGAACGUUUGGAUGAGCUGACUACAUCCGGCGAGCCAGACAGUGCUAAUGAGUGGGAGUCUGAGCAAGACGAGGAGUCAACGGGUAGUAUGGGUUCUGCUGCAGUCGCUCUGGACCCUCUAGAAAAAGAAUGGAUCUACUUUGCGGCUGGCGCUAGAGUUCCUGACCUCUGUCAGCUGCUUCGACAGGACCAAUCGCUUGCCAACAAGAAGGACUUCACAUCUUUUACUGCUCUGCACUGGGCUGCCAAACACGGCAACGAGGACAUGGCAACUCUGAUCGCAAAUGCCGGUGCUGAUGUCAACACCAAAUCAGGUUAUACGCCUUUGCACAUUGCAGCGCUGCAUGGCCAUCGAAACAUUCUUGAUCUGCUCGUAGGGACCUAUGGUGCUAAAGAGAACUUGAGAGAUUACAGCGGCCAUCUGGCCUUGCAUUACCUCAACCACAAAGAAGCAGACGGUCCAGAGGACGACUGUGAGCUGCAGUUUCAAGUGUCCCAGGCCAGAGAGCGUAACAGGAACAGGAAGUUGGCAUCGCUCUUCCAUUCCAAGAAGAAGUGGGGCUCAGCCGAGGACCUGGCGCCCAUCGAGGAAGAGAGGACUGCGUCGCAUCAGCUCGCCGUUCCCGCUUUCAGACCAAGGAAGUUCUCUCGCUAAGGGACGGCGGACGUUCUGCAAGUUGGAUUCAUCUUUUAAUAUAUUGUCGCUUGCUCGCAAACCGUCGGUUAUCACACAGGACAGGACAACAGCAUCCUCCUUACACACUCUAAACAGUUUCUGUAUGUAUUAUUAAUCUAUAUUUUGUGACCAUAGCAGUAUUUACACUCAAAUGUAUGUUGCCUGGUCUCUUACGGUUUGCCUUAUAGCUCAGGAUAAUUUUCAAGUUAAAGAGUACUGUUACGUUUGUGUUUACACUUUAAACCCCAAAACCAAAAUUUGCUUUUAUUGGAAAAAGCUAACUAGCUACUUAAAGACCAAAUGCUUCACUACUGUAGUUUUAUGAAACUGCAGAGUUGAUCCAUGACUACCACUACUUACUGGCUCAUACUUGCACAGACAGGAAUUUAGUUUUUAAGUCUUCUGAGCUAUAACGCAUUGAAAUUUCAUUAUUUCAUGCGAUAUUAAACCUUUUGUUUCAUUUUUUUGUUUUUUGUUCAUGCACUUCGAUGAGAGAAAAUCUUAUUUGCUUAAAGUGAGCUGUGUGCCGAAAGUUUUUGUUUUUUUCUAUUUGCGUGUUUUCUUGCCGCAAAUUGUUGAUGAUCUGAGAAAUUACACAAGCUACAGUAUAACUUGGGCUGGGCGAUUAUGGAAAAAAAAAAUAAUUAUGAUUAUUUUGAUUGAUAUUGAAAUAAUGAUUAACAAACACAAUUAUUUAUUGAUUUCAAAAUUUUAUAUUUAUUCAACUGCCAAAACACAUCUUUAAAUAUAUAAAGGACACCCAGAAACAAAAUUAUUAAAAAGUAAAAUAAUAAUAUGUUUAAAGUAAUAGCAAUAAAAAAAUAAAAAAAUAAAAUAAUAACUGCUAUUCCUGAUGUGUGCGCCUUUGCCUCUUAGGGACAUUGUGGUGCACUCAUGGAGAUACAUGGAGUUCUGAGGACCGGGGUUCAAAUCCCGGCCCCGCCUGUGUGGAGUUUACAUGUUCUCCGCGUGCCUGCAUGGGUUUUGUCCGGGUACUCCGGUUUCCUCCCACAUCCCAAGAACAUGCAUGGUAGGUCGAUUGAAGACUCUAAAUUGCCCGUAGGUGUGAAUACGAGUGCAAAUGGUUCUUUGUUUAUAUGUCCCCUGCGAUAGCGCAAGCUAUACAGUUGUUUUCUUUGAUCAAAGUGUUUUUGUGAUCGUGAGAAGCCAAAAUCGAAUUCACGAUUGAAUUUCGAUUAAUCGCCCAGCCCUAGCUGUAACCUGUUAAACCACUAGUGUGACAUUUACAGAGUGUGGGAUGGGGAAAAACACAUUUUUAGCAUCAUCCAAAAGUCUGUGCAAAGUUUGAUCCCAGUGAAUGGCUCGAGGUGUCACUUUGUUGCCAUUUGGAGUCCAGACGCAGGUUUUAUCAGAUGACUUGUUAUGGUAAUUAAUGUUUUCAGGCUGUAAUCUGCUAAUUAAGUGCCUCAAUUGAGUUAAGCGCUAAUUUUAACUUGUCAAUGUUAGUUGCAGUGUUACAUUGUCAAGUUAUGCUUCAAAGGGAAUUCUGUCCCUUGCCAUGAUUUUGUUUGUAGACGAUACCCGUCAUUUUUAAUUGACUUACUUACCCUAUUAUUUUGUUUAAACAAUUAUAGGGUCCUGUAUAUUGUUUAAAGGUA